ACGGCGUUAGGACCCUGCAGAGCACCGCUAUAAAACACGUGGAGAUUCAAGCAGCACUCUUCCAAAGAGUCAACACUCCACCAAAGCACGAGACAAGACCAUUUCUCUUCGUAUCUGUACGUGUGCUCCUUGCUUUUGUUUACACUCUGCACGUGUGACACGGGACAGUGUGAAUACAGUCGAGCACAAGAUUUCAGCACUAUUGUCUUUGUAAAGUUUUCUGACAGCUCUAUCGCGGGUCUGCGACCACCCUCCCCUCGCUCCCCUGUGGAUUUAAUCGUAUUGCAGGAAGUCCCUCACAUCCUCUCCUCCUGCGCUGUGUGUGUGUGUGUUUGGGUGUUUUUUGUGUCAGUAUAUUAUGAAGAUCUCAUCAUAAGGAGCCGGGCAUCAUGAGGAUCUACCGGCGUAUGGAGAACUGGUGCCUCAUGAGCGGACUGCGCGCUUUUGUGCUGCUGAUAGUGGGACUGACAGCUGCCAUCUCCAGCCAUCACUCACCCGAUGGGAGGCAACUAAAAAGUGUGUUCGACAAACUGGAACAAUACCACACCAUGGUACCACUACUGCUGGAAGGAACAGAGCAGCGCCCAAUCAGCUGGCUCCGCUCCAGGACACCUCCUGCUUCGCUGCACAUCCUAAUCCUAGCAGAAGGACAACAGCUGAUUUUAUCUGUGGAGAAGAACCACGGCCUGUUCGCCAGCCAUUAUACUGAGACACAUUACAGGGAAGAUGGACAAACUGUUUCCAGCACUCACAACUCUACGAUGAAUUGCUAUUACCAUGGUGAAGUCCAAGGAUAUGCUCACUCCGAUGUCAGCCUUAGUACAUGCUCUGGUAUCAGAGGGUUUAUCUUACUUGAAAAUAAAACACUGAUGGUGGAGCCAGCUUUUGAACCAGCAAACGACACCCAUGUGAUUUAUGAAGGACAUCACCUACACUUCCCCUCCGGAACCUGUGGACAUGGACACAACAUAUCAACUGUCAGCCAUACAAGCGCUGGAGGACUGCCACAAUCAUUCAGGACGAGGCAUAAACGGGAUGUUCAGAAGACCACCAAAUAUGUGGAGCUCAUCAUUGUAGCAGACAACAGAGAGUUCCAGAAACAAGGAAAAGAUGUGGAGAAGGUUAAGCAAAGGCUUGCUGAGAUCGCCAAUUAUGUGGACAAGUUUUACAGAGUGCUGAACAUUCGUGUAGCUCUGGUGGGACUGGAGGUGUGGAGUGAUGCCGAUAAGUGUGCAGUUACCCAAGACCCCUUCACAACCCUGCAUGAGUUUUUGGACUGGAGAAAACUUAAACUGCUGCCACAGCGUCCACAUGAUAACGCCCAACUUAUUAGUGGGGUGUACUUCCAGGGCACCACAAUAGGCAUGGCUCCCAUCAUGAGUAUGUGUACCGCUGAGCAGUCAGGAGGCAUUGUCAUGGAUCACUCGGACAAUCCUCUGGGAGCUGCUGUGACUUUGGCCCAUGAGUUGGGCCAUAAUUUUGGAAUGAACCACGACACACCAGAGCGAGGAUGCGGCUGUAGGAUGACCGUAGAUCGUGGCGGCUGCAUCAUGACCCCUUCUACAGGGUACCCAUUCCCCACGGUGUUCAGUACGUGUAGUAAGAAGGAUCUGGUGGCUAGUCUGGAGAAGGGAGUGGGCAUGUGUUUGUAUAAUAUGCCUGAAGUCAAAAUGCUCUACGGGGGACAGAAAUGCGGCAACGGAUACAUUGAGGAAGGAGAGGAGUGUGACUGUGGAGAGCCAGAGGAGUGUCUGAACCCCUGCUGUAACGCUACGACCUGCACUCUUAAGGGAGAUGCUGUGUGUGCCCAUGGACAGUGCUGUGAAGACUGCCAGUUAAAACCAGCUGGGACUCCUUGUAGAGAGUCCAGUAACUCCUGUGACUUACCGGAGUUCUGCACCGGUACCAACCCCCACUGCCCUGCCAAUGUGUACCUGCACGAUGGGCAUUUGUGCCACAGUAUGGAUGGUUACUGCUACAAUGGCAUCUGUCAGACUCAUGAGCAGCAAUGCAUUACUCUGUGGGGUCCAGGAGCGAAACCUGCCCCGGGGAUCUGUUUUGAAAGGGUAAACUCUGCAGGUGAUCCCUAUGGAAAUUGUGGAAAAGACUCUAAAGGCUCCUUUGCUAAAUGUGAAGCAAGGGAUGCUAGAUGUGGGAAAAUUCAGUGCCAAGGAGGUGCCAAUAGGCCAGUGAUCGGAACCAAUGCAGUUUCCAUAGAGACAAACAUACCUCUGCAGGAGGGCGGCCGUCUUCUGUGCCGAGGAACACACGUGUACCUGGGUGAUGAUAUGCCUGAUCCGGGACUGGUGUUGGCAGGCACUAAGUGUGCUGAAGGAAUGAUCUGUUUGAACAGGCAGUGUCAGAAUGUCAGUGUGUUUGGAGUGCACAAGUGCUCUGGGAAGUGUAAUGGAAGAGGGGAAUGCAACAACAAGAAGAACUGCCAUUGUGAAGCUCACUGGGCACCUCCUUUCUGUGAUAGGGCGGGGUUUGGUGGAAGCGUUGACAGUGGACCAAUGAGACAAGCCGCUGACAGCAGCGCCGUGGCCGUGGGCGCGCUGGUCACCCUCCUUUGCUUGCUGUCGGCGGGACUGAUUGUGUGCCUGAAGAGGAAAGCACUGGUUCAGAUGCUCUGCAUCAAUAAGAAGAGCGCCAUUCAAAAGCUAAGAUCAGUUGGGCGAAAGCGAGCAACCAGCUCCCCACAGACCCAGUCAGUCUUCAGGGUCUCACCUCAGCACAAGCCCUCCUCUUUACCUUUACACUCCCGAUGUGACAAGACAUCCCAUCCCAGUUCGGAGCCUCUCCUCCCUCCACAUAACUUCCACAGUUUGCGUCGACAGCCUGAAUGUCCCACCCGCUGCCAGCCCAUCCACAUCAGCCACCCCAUGCCCAUCACACUGGGCGUCAGCAUGGGCUCAGGUCUGCAGCCUCUGCCCUCAGUCCCGCCUCAUAGGACUCUGGUCUCACACACACACUCGCCGGGCAGAGCGGCAGGCUUCCAUACACUCCCACGCCAGCUUCCCUACACAAACAACCAGGACCAUGACAAGCCCAGUCCCCCACAGAAACCACUUCCUGCGGACCCCUUAAUCAGAGGCCAUGGGGUGAGUCGAAGCGUGUCAGCGGUGGGAGUGCGGAUACCAGGCCCUAGACCUCUAGCCAUCCCGAUUCCAACAGUACCACGACCACCCCCUUCCAUACCACUGCCGAACAGACCUCUUCCCAGAUUACCUUUUUAUGAUCACUGACAUAUGGACACCACAGCACUGGGUGAAUUUCACCAGCAUCUGAACACACUUGUUUGCACUAUGAAAACUCUGUUGGACCAAUUGACCACCCUGCAGAAACUCUACAGAGGUUCUCACAGAGAAGAGGGCUGACCGGACACCUUGGUGCUGUGCCUCCUCAAAAAAGGUGUUUGUUUGUUCUCGCUCAGGUACUGCAGAACUAUUUAAGAUGUAUAUUUAUUGUGAGGAGGAAACCAUGUGCUGUGCUUGACACUUUUUUUACUGUAUGAACAUUGUGACUUUUUAAUUACAAUUUUUUGUUUGUUUUUACAUGUUGAAAAUAAGGCAACAAAUCAUGUUUUCCUUCCCUUUUUGAGUGUUUUUUCCCUUCAGUUGAUCUAAUGCUACGUUCACGCCAUGUCGUAAUUACAUAGCUCUGGCAUGAAACUCUAGAUGGCGCAGGCUGAUAGGUCUAACUCAUUUGGUAGCGAUCACAUCAUUAUCUGCAUAGCACAGCUGAUUGGUUGUUGAGCUGCGGCUCAACAUUCAAACAAAUACCGGAAGUGUUUGCUGCAGGCUUUCAGAAACCCUCCAUCUUCCCCAGCUCCACCUGUAUAGAUCUGCUACGGGGAUCAAUUCAUGUAUGUUACAUGUGCAGCAGCAGCAGCAGCAUGUCUUACAUGCUCACAGCAAUGUCUGUGAAUGUACUGGCAGUAGCAAGUCUCGGUACUUGCUCUGCAGCAGCAGCAGCGUAGCAGAUCUAUUCCGCCAAGACCAAAUACAUUAACAUAUCCAUAUCCAUAUUCGUUACCAUGCCAAUCUCCCGAGAGUUGUCAUGACAGAAUUACCGUAAUUUCGAGAUGACAACAUGUGACGUUCUAAUUGGAGCUGUGAAGAUCAAAAAAAGAGCUGCUUUAUAAUGACGCAGCAUGUCUGGGAUACUGGAGUACAAACAACAUGAAAUCUAAUUAAACAGAGCGCUGGAAUGGAAUCAGCCACUAAGUGCAAAAAUCCCUUCACAUUUACUUGAAUGAGACAUGUCAUGAAGGAGGAAGUGAUGUGAGCCGUUAUUGUUCAGUCAUCUGUGGCAGUCAUGCUCACGGGCACCAACAAACUAACUUUUUUUUUUUUUUAAAUACACUACCUUAAAAUCAUAUGUGCUUGAGCAAAUGCAGUUCUGUCUGCCCAUGCAAGAAUCACUGUUAAGGCCCUUUCACACCAAGGACGAUAACUAUAUUGAAAAUUAUUAAGAUAUAUAUACAGUCAAACCAAAAUGUAUUCAGACACCUUGAACAUUUCAUUCAUAAUUAGUUUAUUCACUAUAGUUUAAAAAAAUAGUAAUAAAAUAUGACAAGAUCUCAGAGUUAAACUGUGUCAGAAAAAAAUAAUCUUAAUUAUGUCAGAUAACACUUGGAUAAACAUGGUCAGGUCAAAGUGUCUGAAUAAUUUGUGGUUCCCAAAUUUUUAUCAAUUUUACUGGUAAUCCACUGUAUGAAGAAUUUUUGGGUGUAAUAUGUCACAGUUUACUUUAUUUUGCUUAUAUAAAUGAACUAUAGUGUUCUGCACCCAGUAAAAAAAUUAAAAAAUUAUAUGUCUGAAUAAUUUUUGGUUUGACUGUAUAUACAGUAAUUAAUGAUUAUGGCACAGAGAAACAAUAUUGUUGGAAUCACUUUUUUUUUUCAGCUGAUGAAUAAUAAAUACAUUGACAGCCAAUCAGAAUCCAUCCUGCUUUAAGAGUUCGAGCAUUUAAAGUGACAGCGCGCGUAGAAUAAUCAGAACUAUUAUAAUCCGCUGAUGUGGGCACUAAUAUAUUAUUCUUGGUGUGAACAUGCCUUUCUGUUGCUCAAACUUAAACCCAAAGCAUUUAACUGUUUCUGCUACGGACAUGAAUGAUGCCUCAAAUCAUGCGGCUUCUUGAGGAGAGAUGUGCUGUUACUUUUCUUCAGAAAAUGUAAAAAUCCAGUCAGUAUUUAUAGUCCAAACACUUGAAGGGUUGUGAUGUUCCUUUUACAAUAUGUUUUGAAACAUUCAGAAAACUCCCAGUGAUAGCGCGAAAUGUGUAGUGACACCACAGCUCUUAAAAUAUCACAGAUCAGCAUUCCCACUGAGCCAUCAGGAUCCAGCAGCUGUCAUGUCUGUGUCAUUCUGGCCUUGUUGUGCUGUAUACACAUGUUCUUUGAAAUAUCUUCCAAUACUUGAGCUUAUAGAUGUUGAAUUUUCUGUACUGUAUUUCUUGUAUGAUUUCUGACAGUAUACACUACUGUUCGAAAGUUUGGGGUCAGUAUGAUUUUCUUUUUUUUUUUUUAAUUAAUAUUUUUAUUCAGCAAGGCUGCAUAAAAUAUAUCAAAAGUGACAGUAAAAACAUCGGGCCUUAUUUAUAAAAUGUGCGUACGCACAAAUUUGAACUGAUUUUGAAAAAGAUUUGAAGCUUCCGGAAGUGUGUCAAACAGGUUCGGUUGAGCUUCAUGAGGGCGAGUAAAUGAUGACUGAAUUUUCAUUUUUGGGUGAACUGACCCUUAAAAAAAAAACUUGCUGCGAGUUUAUCGGGACCUUUUGAAUAAUUUCUGAAAGAUCAUGUGACACUAAAGACAUACUGUUAAAAAUUCAGCUUUGCCAUCACAGAAAUAAAUUACAUUUUAAAACAAAUUAAAUUAGAAAACAGUUAUUAUACAAAUAUCCCACCAUAUUACUGUUUAUUUGAUCAAAUAAAUGCAGCUUUGGUGAGACAUCUUUCAAAAACAUUUAAAAAAAUCUUAACAACUCCAAACUUUUGAAUGAUUAAAGUAGUCUCUUUAGCCAAAUAGCCAUCUUUCACUACCCUCUAAUGAAAAUGUUGGACAUCAAGAUGAUGUAAAGUACACAGGAUGUAGUAAAUAUCACUUCUGGUGUGUGUUGUCACAACUAUGGCAUUUUUACACAACUAGUGGUUCCCUCUUGCCUAUAACACAGCUCUCUUUACGUACAGCUGGACUCACCGUUAAUCAUAAACUUAUGGGACUGUUGUUCUGCUUGGUACUUCACCCUGGGGGCGAAAUUACACUUCAAAUUUUCCAUAUAAUAUUCCAGCCUUGUUGCUUUGGGAGUGUAACAUACCCAGCUGUCACAGUAUUUCAUUCAAGCCAAGCCUGUGUGUUUCUUUAUGUUCUUGUUUACCUAGUCACAGCAAUGUAUGUUCAUUCCACCUUUUCAUAUGCACUCAUGUGGAUGUAUUGAAUGCUCACUGAUGUUUUUUCAUUGUUUUUUGACAGAUAAUCUGUCAGAUUAUUGCUCAGCUGUUUUAUUUCUAUGAAUUAGGAUAUUAAAAGGGAAAUGUGAAUGCCUUCAAAAAAAGUAACUGGAUAUUUUGUGUAAUGCAAGCAAGGACUUGAACGAGAAUAAAGAGGGUUUUACUAUUGUGAA